CCUCACCUCACCACACAUUCUUCAAGUUCUACUCUAACCUUUACAAAUUGAUCAAUUGUAGCAUUUAGAGAAAAUGGGACAUCAAGUUUUCUUGUUAUUCGCCUGCACCAUAAUAGCUCUUCUAGCUUCUUGCUCUUUAUUGGUUUCAGCUGAAGUUGUUGAGCAUUCUUUUCAUGUACAAAAUCGUACUAUAACGAGACUGUGCCGUAGACAAGUGAUCACUGCUGUAAAUGGAAGUCUUCCUGGUCCAACCAUACGCGUUAAUGAAGGGGAUACCCUUGUUGUUCACGUGUACAACCAUUCACCGUACAAUCUCACUAUUCAUUGGCAUGGAGUUUUCCAGCUAUUAAGUGGGUGGGCAGAUGGACCCGAAUUUGCGACCCAGUGCCCGAUCCGACCCGGACAUAGCUACACGUACAAGUUUAAAGUAACAGGACAAGAAGGAACUCUAUGGUGGCAUGCACAUGUAUCAUGGCUUAGAGCAACUGUUCAUGGUGCACUCAUUAUUCGUCCUAAAAAGGGCCACUUUUAUCCUUUCCCUAAACCUUACAGAGAAGUCCCUAUUCUCUUAGGAGAAUGGUGGAAUGCUAAUGUUGUGGAUGUGGAGAAUGAAGCGCUAGCAAGUGGUGCUGCACCUAAUAACUCUGAUGCUUACACUAUUAACGGCUGGCCGGGCGAUCUUUACCGUUGCUCUGCUAAUCAAACGUACAAGUUGAAGGUGAAACAUGGGAAAACAUAUCUCCUUCGUAUCAUCAAUGCUGCACUCAAUAACCAACUCUUUUUUAAGAUUGCCAACCAUAAAAUGAAAGUUGUCGCGGUUGAUGCUGCUUACACUGAUCCCUACAUCACUGAUGUAGUUGUCACCGGGCCAGGCCAGACGACAGACGUCCUCUUGACAGCCGAUCAAGUACCGGCGUCGUACUACAUGGCGGCUAAUCCCUAUGCUAGUGCAGCCGGGGUGCCAUUUGACAACACCACAACUAGGGGAAUUAUAGUGUAUGAAGAUGCAUUACCAUCAACUCCCAUAACGCCUAUUUUACCAGCCUUCAAUGACACACCAACAGCCCACAAAUUCUUCACCAACUUAACUGGGCUUGUAACUGGGCCGUUUUGGAUCCCUCCACCUCGCAAAGUAGAUGUACGCAUGUUUAUUACUAUUGGGCUGGGCCUAACUGCUUGUGAUAGAUCAGGAAAAAAUGCAACAUGUGCAGGCCCAAACGGACAACGAUUUGCUGCUAGCAUGAACAAUGCAUCUUUCCAGUUCCCCAACAAGCUUUCAAUGUUGGAGGCCUUUUUCCACAAUGUUGAUGGAAUCUACACCACUGAUUUUCCAGACAAACCACCAUUGAAAUUUGACUACACCAACCCAAAUAAUAGCAUGAACAGUGCUAUUAUAAUGACCAAAAAGUCCACAAAGGUGAAAAAACUUAAGUUUAAUUCCACAGUUGAGAUUAUGUUCCAAAACACUGCUUUUAUUGGAAUAGAAAAUCAUCCUAUUCACUUGCAUGGAUUCAAUUUCUAUGUCUUGGCCCAAGGCUUUGGCAAUUAUAACCCUGCAGUCGAUCGGAAAAAAUUCAACCUUGUUAAUCCACAAGAACGUAACACAAUUGGCGUUCCAGUUGGAGGAUGGGCUGUCAUUAGAUUUCGUGCAAAUAAUCCAGGUGUCUGGUUGAUGCAUUGUCAUUUGGAUGUUCACUUACCUUGGGGUUUAGCCACAGCUUUUGUUGUUGAAAAUGGGCCAACACCAUCAACUAGGCUACCUCCUCCUCCACCAGAUCUACCUAAAUGCUAGAUUAUUGAUUUCCUCCUUUGAUUUUUUUAUUUGAGUGAUUUAUAUGAUUCUUGUUAAUUUCAUUUUAUUUUCCAACUGUACAAGUGAGUCAUUUGUUUUCAUGUCAUUCUUUGACUUGUUAAACAAAUAUUAGUGCAUUUAGUUAUUUCAUUCUUUAAGAUUCUGUAAAGUGUAAUGUAUCAUCCUAGUGCUCUUUCAUUAUGAUUGAAUAAGAUAUUGUUUUGGGAUUCCCAUUAUACACUAAAUAGUCAUAUUUUACUUUUUCAA